AUGUCAUGCCGACCGUUCAUCUUUCGCGACCUCAGGUGUCGAAACGACAUCAUCUGCCGCUCAUGUUUGGCCGCUCGCGCAAAGCAGCCGGCGCAAGCAUGGCGGCCCGCGUCCUACAGCACACAAGCCUCUCAAAGCGCGAGUAAAGCAAGGCCACGACCUCAGCCUCGAUCCCAACCCCGGCCAAACACAGACAUCACGCGUCAGCCUUCGAAAGAAGAGUUAGCUCGGUACUUGGAAGGCCUCAAAAGUCUUCAGACUCCAGACAAGGCCAAGACGAACGCCGACGAAUUUUCUGUCCGAUUCUUCGAGCAAGGCGAUCGAGACAGAAGAGAGUUGUCGAACGAACAAGCAUUUGGAGAGUCCAUUGGUGGAAUCGACGCCUCCGAACUACGGGAUAACCUCUUCAACCUACGGUCAAAGCUCGGCAGCCAAGAUGACAGGGACGCCUUCAGAGAGGUUCUGAGCCAGAUUGGCGAAGGCUGGGGCAAGGUCAACUCUGCGGAAGAUGUCGAAAAGGUUAUAGCAAAGAUGGAAGACUACGCACGGUCGAUCGAUGUCGAAUUAAAACAAGCAAGUGCCGAUCUACCCAAAGGAGUGCUGGAACAGCUCAUCGGAGAUGUGCCAGAUCUGUCGUUGGAAGGGGAUAGCUCCUCUGACCAGCCUCAAGACUCGAUCCCGCAAGUGCGCAUAGAUAUUGACGAGAAGGCACACCGACGCCGGAAGCUUAUGAAGUUCAACUCCGUCAUCAGCCGCUUCGUGCUCGCAGAGAAGGCGUCGGGCACGAAGGCAAAGGGUGUGCAGUCUCUCUACAAAGCAUAUCAUUCGACAAGGCGGGCCCUGGCCCAAAAUUGGAGUGAUGUUCCCCCGGCAGUGUGGGAGGUACUCUGGAGAGCUUUCUCGAGCGAAAGGGACGACGUCAACGAGAUGUCACGCAUCGCCCUGCUCGCCAGGGACAUGAGCAAUGCCGGGGUUACGCUUCGCCCUGCUCAGCAAGUCCUAGCCAUCGAGGCGGUCUUCGUUGAGGGGUGGGAGUCCAAGGCAAUCGACAACUGGAAGCGAUGCGUAGGCACGCUCGGCGCGGAAACUUCGGAGGUUUUUCAGGCCUUUUGGGAGCUCGGCGCGAGAAUGUACUGCCGUGUCGGCGAUCUUGAGCAAGCAGAGCGAGCCAUGAAUAAGCUCCUGAGCCGCAACAUGAGUCCGCGCAUCCUGAUCCCACUCAUUCGAACAAGCUGCGAACAAGGGACGGAGGAGGGCCGGCAGAAAGCCUGGGCUACCUACCGCCAGAUGAGGGAGCUUCUGGGCAAGGACAUGACCCUCACCGACUACGACCAGGUGAUUUCGUAUUUCCUGACUGCCAAUUACAUGGAGAAUGCCCUGUACGCCUUCGUCGACAUGAUGAGCGAGGGGCGCAUCGACCUGGCCAGGCAAAGAUUCCUGCCGUCGGUUGUUGCCAACAAGUUCUUCCUGGGCAAGUGGCUGAAGCGACUGAUUGGCGCUGGGGACCUGAACGGCGCUUUCAGCGUCGUCAAAUUCAUGCGAGAAAAGGGUGUGGAGGCGGCGCCGAUACACCUGAACGGCCUUAUUGGAGCAUGGCAGCGGUCGGGCGGCGCCGACGACCUCGAAAAGGCCGACGCCCUCGGCUGGGAGCUGAUCGAGUCGAGACUCAAGUUCGUGGCCCGCCGAAAGUCCAGCGGCGGCGAGAGCCCCGAUGACGGCUCUACGCCCUCGACACAGAGCAGCAGCAGCAGCAGCCCGACGGAUCCGCCGCGGGCUACCAGUGAGACGUUCUGGCUCCUUGCCGAGAACUACCGCCAGCGAGGUCUUCACGGCCGCCUGCAGGAGCUGUGGGACGCCUUCCGCGCGGCAGAGAUCAGCCCCGACGCCUUCAUGAUGAACCAGCUCAUCGAAUCUCUCAUCCAAGAAGGACAACCGCAAGAGGCAGUGGCCCUCUAUCACUCCCUCGUGGAGGGCAGCAGGGUCGUCCCCGACCCGUACACAUUCAGCGCGCUCUGGAAGACCCUGGGCGUGAACCGCUACCAGAUCCGCGACACGGAAACCCUCGCAAAGGAAACCGAGGCCACGCGCGCCAUGUUCAAGGAAACCGUCAAGCACAAGGACGUCUUCCUCCAGUCCGACGCCGGCGGCGGCAGCAUCGACGGGCAGCUCGCCCGCAAGAUGCUGCACACCUUCCGCCGCCUCCGCGACAACGCGGGCCUCCUCGUCGCCGUGACCGCCCUGAAGGAGGUGUUCGGGUUCCUGCCGCCCGAGACGCUCGUCCUGGAAAUGGUCAUGGGCACGACGAAGCUGGCCUGGGACACGCCCUCGCAGCGCCGCCGGCUGACGGUGGCCAAGACCAGGAUCGACCGGGAGCUGCUCGCGUGGGCGGGCUUCGACCCGGCGAAGCUCGAGGGCGAGGGGAGGCGCGGGGAGGCGCUGUACGCGCUUCUGCAGAAGAGGUUCUGGCCCGAGGGGGGCAGCGAGGCGGAGAAGAGGAGGGUGUUUGUCGAGGUGGCGAGGCAGAUGGGGAGAUAUGACGCCAAAUGA